GAUCGCUUUUGUCAUGUCUGGUCGUGGGAAAGGCGGAAAAGGUCUUGGAAAAGGUGGUGCCAAGAGGCACCGGAAAGUGCUCCGCGACAACAUCCAAGGCAUCACCAAGCCUGCUAUACGCCGUCUGGCUCGCCGUGGAGGUGUGAAGCGUAUUUCGGGCUUGAUUUACGAAGAGACUCGUGGUGUACUGAAGGUCUUUUUGGAGAAUGUUAUUCGGGAUGCUGUGACCUAUACCGAGCACGCGAAGAGAAAGACUGUAACUGCUAUGGAUGUUGUUUAUGCUUUGAAACGCCAAGGUCGUACUCUGUACGGUUUUGGUGGAUAAGUGUACGUUUCAUCUAUAUUGAUCUAAAAAGGCCCUUAUCAGGGCCACCCAUGCGUUCAUAAAAAGAGCUCUGCUCGCUUAUGGAUACGAGUAUAAGAUGUUGAACGUGUUCGCUUGUGGGUGUAAAUUGUAUGUAAAAUACUGGAAGGAACACUGGGAGAAGAGGCACAUUAGUCCACGAUGGCAGAAAAAUCGGAAAUCUGGUCGGGAAAUUCAGAGGAACAUUGUAAUCUCAGGAAUUGAUACAAGCUCUUUGAAUAGAAAGUGACACCCUCUGAAACUGUUAAAAUGUACGUAAAUGUUUGGUCCAUUCAUGUAUCACUUUUAAGAAAACGAAGCAUCCUUUAAAAAUUAAGCCGUUUGCAGGACCUCCCUGCUGGCUCACAACUGAAGAGAAACGCGAAUGGCUCGAUUUCUCUUCCCCGUCCCCCGGACUAUUUAGGCUGGUUCUCAUUUCGUGCCAUCUUUUCAAUAGCCUCUUUCUCCCCCCCCCCCCUUAUUUCUGCCACUAAAAGUAAUUGCUCUCACAUUUCCUAAGCUAGACGUGUUUUCUCCUGCCCCCUCCCUCCCUUUACAUUGCUAAUAGCAGAAAAAUGGAAGGAUCUGUUUAGGACCACGUGGGUACUUCUGCCAAUCGCAAUGCAGCAGGGAAUGUUUCAAUUCAUGGCGCAGACCGGACAAAGUGGUGAGGCAACCGAAGGGGCGCGCUUUCAAUUGUUCUUUCUCCCGGUUCUUGAUUAUGAAUCCCAAGAUUAAGCUUGAUGG